AUGUCCGAUACUGAACGCUCUACAAUGGUUCCCGAAGUCAACCCAAGAAUCACUGCCUACGUCGAAAGCGGUUGCUAUGUCUGUCAAAAGUACUUUGCAAAUGCUAGUUCUCUCAGAACUCACUUGCGGGUUUUCCAUUCCACCGAGCUGCCUGCAAGACAAGCAGGAAGGAGCCGACCUCAUAACGUGAAAUACGUUUGGAGGUCAAAGAAACAGCCUCACCGUCGUACUCUUAUGGGAUGUCCAUCCUGUUGGUUUUAUUGCCCUCUCAGUUUUACACGCAUAGCCAGACAUGUGCAGGAAUACCAUUUAGAUCCUGAUUACGAGGGUUCAGAAGACCCUAUCGAUGAAGAUGAAUCUUAUUUUGAUGAUGAGAAUUUUCUCCACGCUUCCGUAGAUUCUACUGCAAGCAUAUAUGCAGCUAUGGAAAGUCUUACCGGAAAAUUCAGUUCUCUCUUUAAAUAG